AGUUGUGGGUUCUGUCAAUGGAUUGAUAUGUCUUGCCAUCAGUAUAAAUGGAGGAUUAGAUGACUUGUAUUUAUGGAAUCCAUCAAUUAGAAAAUAUAAGAAAUUGCCUAGUUAUGACAAUGAGAUUACACUUACUAAUUUCAAUUUUGGUUUUGCAUAUGAUGAGUUCCAAGAUGAUUACAAAGUAGUGGGUAGUUUUACUAUUUACAAAUAUGGAGGACAUUUGUGUCGUGUUGAGGUCAAAAUAUAGAGUCUAAAGAGUGAUUCUUGGAGACGUAUUGAUGAUUUUCAAGGCAGAGAGCUCUUGGUUGAUUCUGCUAAGUCUGUGAAUGGGAAAACUUCAUUGGCUUGACAGGGGCCGGAACAUUAUUUCUAUUGGUUUGACUGAUGAGAAAUGGUCGGAGUCGAAGUUUGUCAAUUUGCUCAGCAAUGGAAAAUGCUGAAGCCAGCCCUCUCAAAAGAUUCCCUCUCGGUUUGGAUGAGACUUCUGAGGAAGAAUAUUCUUCUCAAUCCGCUCUGAUACAAGAUUUUGCUAGCAUCCCUACCAUUGACAAGGCAUGGACUUUCACAUCUACCAGCGGUUCCCAGUGUAUGUUCUCAGUGAGCCAGCCAAAUCUCCUUGCCAACAAGAACAGGAGAUAUGUAGUAUCUAGUCAUAUUUCAAAGGAAAGUGCAAAUGGUUUAAGCUUUCAAUGGGCUGCCUUCCCUAUUGAGAUGCCUAGUGGCUCUAUAAUGGUUCCAUCACCUUCAGGUUCAAAACUUCUUGUUGUUAGAAAUCCUGAAAAGGAUUCUCUGCCGACCAAAUUCGAGAUUUGGGGUCCAUCUCAAGUCGAAAAGGAGUUCCAUAUCUCGCCCUCAGUCCAUGGCUCUGUAUAUUCGGAUGGAUGGUUUGAGGGAAUUUCGUGGAAUGAUGAUGAAACCUUUGUUGCAUACGUCGCUGAGGAGCCGGCUCCCCUGAAGCCCGUGUUUACUAAUUCAGGGUAUAAGAAAGGGAAUUCUUCAGAUAAGGAAUGUGGUAGCUGGAAAGGUCAAGGGGAUUGGGAAGAGGAUUGGGGUGAAACCUACCCUGGAAAACGAGAACCUGCGAUUUUCGUUAUCAAUGUUAACAGCGGAGAAGUAUAUCCUGUUGAAGGAACAAAGAAGCUUACUGUUGGACAAGUUGUGUGGGCUCCAGCUUCUGGAAGCUUGCAACAUUAUCUGGUUUUUGUUGGGUGGCCAUCAGAUACUAGAAAGUUGGGCAUUAAGUAUUGCUAUAACCGGCCGUGUGCCUUGUAUGCUGUUAGAGCUCCGUUUUCUAAACCAGAAGAUCGUCAAUCUGAAAGUAAUGCAGUUGAAGAAGCAUCUCCAGUUAAGCUGACACAAAGAAUAAGUAGUGCAUUCGUUCCUCGUUUCAGCCCAGAUAGAAAGGGUCUUGUAUUUCUAUCUGCAAAAAGUUCUGUAGCCUCUUUUGUAAUGUUUACUUGCAACUCACAUCACUUCAUAGAUCUGUGCUGCUCCAUAGAUGGACUGUCAUCUCCAUGGCAUAAUCUGUGUGAUCCGCUAAUUGUAGUCCUUCAUGGGGGUCCUCACUUUAUUUCAUUGUCAAGCUUCUCGAAAUCCUUGGCUUUCCUUUCCGCAAUUGGUUAUAGCUUGUUGAUUGUUAAUUAUAGAGGCUCAUCGGGAUUUGGUGAGGAAGCACUGCAAUCUCUUCCAGGAAAAAUUGGAUCACAGGUACUCGUCUGUAGGAUGGACCCAACACUAGCUGCUAUAGAUCAUGUCAUAGAUAUGGGACUUGCAGAUCCAUCUAAAAUAACUGUGCUCGGUGGUUCCCAUGGUGGAUUCCUGACAACACACUUGACUGGUCAGGCACCAGAUAAGUUUGCCGCAGCAGCUACUAGAAACCCUGUCUGCAGCAUUCCCUUGAUGGUUGGAACAUCUGAUAUCCCUGAUUGGUGCUAUGCAGAGACGUUUGGAUGUCUGGGAAAAUCAAUGUUUACUGAAGCUCCUUCAUCUGAACACCUUGCUGUCUUUCACAGCAAAUCACCAAUAUCAUACAUCUCCAAGGUCAAAACGCCUAUACUCUUCUUGCUAGGUGCCAAGGACCUCCGUGUACCAGUAUGUACCGGCUUGCAAUAUGCACGUGCAUUGAAGGAGAAAGGAACUGAGGUCAAAGUGCUGGUGUUUCCCGAGGACAAUCACGCGAUUGAUAGACCACAGUCUGAUUUUGAAAGCUUUCUUAAUAUUGGAGUGUGGUUCAAGAAGCACUGCAAAUAGACAUAUAUUAUUCAUGUCUUGACCAAGAUUUCCUACAUUCAUUUCACUCUCCUUUGCAAGAAGAAGAUGUAGUGAUUUGGAAUGUCAAGAAGAACAACAGUUAUACUCCUCUCGUUCACGUUCAAGCUCUUAUCUGAGUUGGAAGAUAUGAACACUCAAAGCUAAAAAUAUAUAUAUUUGACCUCUGUAGUGACUGGCCAUUCAGCACUCAUUGUCAAACUCAAAUGUAUGUAAAAUAAACUAACACUUCUUUUGUACGGUUUAAUAAAUCAUCAAAAGGACUUCUUAUU